AUUACCCACCACCCUCUCAACGAGUACGGUACAACAGUAAUCUAGCGACCAAGAUGAAGUACCAUAUCUUCCUGGGACUCAUUGCCGCAGUGACUGCUUUUCCUGGAAUAAUACAUGAUGAAGCUCCCCAAGUCGAAGCGAAAUACGACCACCAGUCUUUGAUUGGUGAAUCUGGACACCAUCAUCAAAUUGAACACGAACACGCCAAAUCUCACCAGUCGAUCAAGUUCGAACACUUCCACCCCGUUCCUGUGUACGUGAAGAAGGAGCACAGCCACCUUCUCAAGCACCCUCUUGAAAAGGGAAAAUCAGAGCAAAACCUCAAGCUGAUUCACCCUGAGACUGAACACAAGCACGGCGGUGGACUUGUCCUCGAGGACGACAGACACAACAUUGAACACCAUAUCGCUUCUGCUGGUCUUGAGCACGGAAGCUUUGAACACGGCGGUCUGGAACAAGGUCUGGAGCAUGGAGGUUUGGAACACGGAGGCUAUGAGCAUGGUGGUUUCGAGCAAGGAGGUUAUGAGCACCUAUCCGGUGGCUUCAAAGGCUAUGAAGGAGGCGAAGGCUUGAAGACUUACGCUGAACUUCAGCAACCAGAAGACCACGGUCAUUACUACGCUGAACACGGACAGGCUUUAUCUAGCGACAGCGGCGAGGGCUACAAAUACGAAAGCUAUUAACCUUAUAAAGGCAUCACUAAAUAAGCAACUGUCUGAAUAUGUUUUAGGUCUGUCUCUUGCCUAAUGAAAUUAGAGUUUAUUUAGAUCGUAGGGAUUAAGACUCAUCGAUCUUUAUGCGGUUUAAAUUAAAUGCUUAUUUGAGCUAUUUCGAAUACCUGUACCUGAUUUAGACUUAAUUCAAAAGUAACAUGUCUGGGCAAUCUCGUCGUGAAAAUGUUUGUUCGGUGUGAUCUAAUUUAGUCAAGUAUGUUGUGAAAUGUGAAAUCCGAUGUUACGUUUUUAAAAUGAGUGUUGAUUUUUUAGAUCGUUAAAUCAUGUUUGUGUGUUUUUUUUUUGUGUGGCUAAAACCUAUUGUUUUUUUAAUUAAUUGAUUUUGCAUAAGGCAUACGUUGAGUCCCAGUGAAAAUGUGAUAUUAAUAAAUGUUGGUUUUUUUAUUAUUAUUAAA